AUGUCAGAAUCAACGACAGGCACAGGUGUCGUCUACCAGGACCUGCACNCCGUCAAUCACCCUGCAGUGCAACAAGACACUCGCGAUGCGCGCACCGCGACAGCCACGGACGCCGCCCAGAACUUGACUGAAGAGCCCACGGCCAGUCACGCCCUUGCCCAAGCCGACAUUGAUGAGAAGGGCGUCGCACAGCUCGCUCACAAUGCUGAUGUCAAGGAUUUGGGUUGGAACGAGCCGUCGUCCAAGAUCCCCGCUCCUCUGGUCGGUGGUAUGGACAAUGAAGAGCUCUGGGUCUUGGUCCGUCGCUUCAACAAGGUGAGUCCAUAG